UGAGAAUUUGUCCUUGUAAGUAGAAUGCUAUAGAGUGCUCUUAAUCUCUCGGAAGCAGUGGCGAAGAGUGAAGAGGAGGGCGGUGGUUGUAGGUGGUUAAUGGUAGUUAUUACUUUAGGCUCUUUAGUCUUUACCAAGGACCCUCUCAUAUAUAUUGAACCCAAUUCAAUUCCGUACGUGCUCAUUCACUUCUCAAGUUUCAGACUUUCCUUUUUUUGCUCUCCGUGUUUGGUUUGGGUCAGCAGUUCUCGCUCUUGGCCGUCUCCUCCAUUGACCUAAACGAAGGUCAGACGAACUCAUUUCACAAAGUGAAUAAGUCGACCCUCUUCAUAUUCCAACAAUCCAGGAAUUCACUUAAUAUCUAUCAAAUCCUUCUUUGGAUAAGGGUGAAGUAUGUCUCUCUAAUCUCAACCUAAUUUCUCUAUAGAGAGAGAUAGAGAGAGAGCACGUGUUUUCAUGAGUACUUCGUUAAGAGAGUGAUUUGUAAUACAUGGGUAUUCCUUGGUUUUGCAUGAAGUCUCUCAACUUUCCUGUGGAGCAGUAAGUUUGUUCGGCAACUGCCCCUCGGCUCUUAUAUGUUGUUUGAUGGACUACUUGAAAGAAGUGGAAGGCAAGCGAGUUCAUGAUCCCCUGGGGCGGAAGAUGAGCAAAUCAGAGAGGCGCAUUUUGGUGCCAGGACCGGUCAUCGUUGGUGCGGGGCCAUCGGGCCUAGCAGUGGCUGCAUGUCUAAAAGAAAGAGGUAUUUCCAGUUUGAUACUAGAAAGGGAAAAUUGCAUAGCUUCCUUGUGGAAUCUCAAGACUUAUGAUAGACUUCACCUUCAUCUUCCCAAGGAACACUGCGAGCUCCCUCUCAUGCCUUUUCCUCCUGACUUCCCCAGAUAUCCAACCAAACACCAGUUCCUGAACUACUUGGAGGCUUAUGCCAAGCGCUUUGAUAUAAGACCCUUUUUCAACAAGACGGUGGUGAGCGCGGAAUUCGAUCCUAGGAGCAGGCUUUGGCAGGUUAAGACUCGGGGAUUCAAAAAGGAGGAGGAAAUCGUGUACCAGUGCCAAUGGCUCAUAGUCGCAACCGGCGAGAAUGCAGAGGAGGUUGUGCCGGAGAUUCAAGGGAUGAAUGAGUUUGCUGGGCCUAUAAUCCACACAAGCUCAUACAAGAGCGGGGAUUCAUACCGGGGGAAGAGAGUGUUGGUAGUUGGAUGCGGAAACUCGGGCAUGGAGGUCUGUUUGGAUCUCUGCAAUCAUAAUGCUUUCCCAUCCCUCGCGGUUAGAGAUUCAGUGCACGUCUUGCCUCAAGAGAUGCUAGGGAGAUCAACUUUUGGAUUGUCCAUGUGGUUGGUAAAGUGGUUUCCAGUACGCCUUGUGGAUCAAUUUUUACUUCUAGUAUCUCGAAUGAUGCUCGGGGACACUGCUCGAUUAGGACUCAAUCGCCCAAAGCUUGGCCCACUUCAACUCAAGAGCUUGUCCGGCAAGACACCUGUGCUGGAUGUUGGGACACUUGCAAAGAUCAAAACUGGGAAUAUCAAGGUUUGCCGUGGAAUAAAGCAGCUAUCAUGUCAUACUGCAGAGUUUGUUGAUGGGAGAGUGGAGAAUUUUGAUGCCAUUAUUCUAGCUACAGGUUACAAAAGUAAUGUGACAUCUUGGUUGAAGGAAGGCAAUAUGUUCUCAGAGAAAGAUGGGUUGCCCAGAAAGCCAUUCCCAAAUGGAUGGAAAGGUGAGUGUGGACUAUAUGCAGUGGGCUUUACUAAACGUGGCCUGCUUGGUGCUUCUUUAGAUGCAAGAAGGAUUGCAGAAGAAUUAAGCGUGCACAGUUCAUGGCCUUUCCAGCACUUCCGCCACGACAAUCAUGAUCUGUGAGGGAUGCAAUUGAAGAUUUAUGAAGUUAAUGGACUUUAAUGGUGACUUUUUGAGUUGGUAGCUGCACCAAGGAAGUAUAUAUAAUUUCCCCCUCUUCAGUGUAAGGGAUGAAAUGAAAGGGAAAAAAAAAAACAAGAAAGAGUAGGACAUGUAAUUCCUAACUUUCAGAUGUAAGGUGGGGGAAGAGAGCUUUUGUUUUGUUUUCCCUUUUUAUAUUUUUUGGUUUUAUUUUCCCUUCUUAUAUUUUUUGGGGUUGGGGGUGUUCAACUGUGUAUAUCUUGUACAUUGCCAUUUUUCUCUAGCGAGGUAAAUCUUUAAGACAGAGAUUCCUUAGGGUUCCCGUAGAUGUUUGAAAGUAGUGAGGGUGGGGGUGGUGUUGACAAACUAUAUUUCCAAACUGAUGUAAAAUGAUCAGAAUCAUAUGUGAAUUCCCAUCAAUACGGCCCUGUA